ACUCAGCGAAGGGUAUGACUACCAGACCCCCUUUGAAUCACAAUGAGUUCGCGGAGCCAACUUAUUGUCAUCGCCCGGAAUCAGCGUAUAGGGGAUUCAGUGGAGGAAACGCCAUGGGAGGGGACGGAGGAAGAGGCGGAGGAGGUGGACAAAGUCGCGCUUUCGGUUGCGAGGAGGUGGAUAAGCAGCGGUUAGAGGCUGUGGAUGCGAGGGGAUCGAGUCAUUGCGUGGACGAGCGAGCAGCCGCCACGUGGAUUUAUCCGUCCAAUUGCGAGCUUCGCCAGUACCAGUACGAAAUCGCAGAGGCAGCUCUCUUCGCCAACACCCUCGUGUGCCUUCCCACCGGCGUGGGGAAAACCCUCAUUGCCGCCGUUGUCAUGGCCAACUACUACCGCUGGUUCCCGCACGGCAAGAUCGUGUUCAUGGCUCCCACGCGUCCUCUGGUGCUGCAGCAGAUCCGAGCAUGCCACAACGUCGUCGCCAUCCCACAGGUAGGACCGUUCACUGCUGAAAACAUCCCACUUUCCCCAUCAGCUUCAGCUUAUCUCACCUUAGUAAUGAGAGCACACAAUGCACAUGACGGGGCAGAUGGCGCGGGAGCAGAGGGCGCAGCACUGGAGGGAGCAAAGAUGGCGCGGGAGCAGCGUGCGCAGCACUGGAGGGAGCGGCGGGUAUUCUUUGUCACGGGGCAGGUGCUGCUGCAGGACAUGGUGCAGUGGGGUGAGUGGUGGUGCAGUGCGCUCAAUAAAGCUGGUGUUGCGUUCAGAGUUCUUGCAUUGACCGCCACUCCUGGAUCCCAGCUGCCCAAGGUACAGGAGGUGGUGGACAAGCUGGCCAUAUCGCUCAUAGAGUACCGGGGAGACGAUGACCCGCAAGUUGCCCAGUACAUGCACAAGCGCACCGAGCAAGUCAUCAAGGUGCGGAUGCACACCACAGUAGCGGAGGUGGAAAAGCUGUUUGCUGUAAAGCAAAGCGAAUUCAUUUCCAUCCAUCUCUCCUCCGCUGUCGCUCAACCUCAUAUCUCUCGCUCACUUCCCCCUCCCCCCUUCCCCUUCAUGCAGGUGCGAAUGCACACAGCAGUGGCGGAGGUGGAGAAGCUGCUGCUAGCGGAGCAGAGGAGGUGCCUGGAAUCCCUCAAUCGCCUGGGCCUUGUGUCCUCGGCGCUCGUAUCCUCCAGCAAGCUGCGCAUGCUCCAGGAGCAGCGGGAGAUAGCCAGCCGCCCCAAUCAGCUCAAGGCCUUCCCCUCUUGGCCUCUCACCCUUCCCCCGUCUCGCCCCCUCCCAGAUGGUGUCCUCUCACCAGCUGCGCAUGAUUCAGGAGCAGCGGGAGAUCAGCCGGCAGCAGGAGGCAUGGGCCCUGUACUAGAGACGCUCAUGUAUCUCCGUUCCCCUCUCUCUCCCCUGCCGCCAUGCUCUUCUCUCCCAGAUGGUAUCCUCCCACCAGCUGCGCAUGAUCCAGGAGCAGCGGGAGAUGAGCUGGCAGCAGGAGGCAGCAGCGCGGGGCUUUGGAGCAGCGCCCAUGGGGGGCAGGGAGGCAGCGGGGGCUAUACUAGAGAGGCUCAUGCUUUUCCGUUUCCCCUUCUUUUCCCAGAUGAUGUCCUCCCACCAGCUGCGCAUGAUCCAGGAGCAGUGCCGUUGGCUGCAGUGGUGAGGGAGGAGAAUAUGCACAAGGCGUUGACCAUCAUGCGUCGCACUGUGGGAGGGGACGUUGGGGGGAAGGCCGGCAAGGGAAGGCAUGGCAAUGCCACGUCAUCAGCUUCCACGUCAGCUGCCAGGGGUGGCCCGUCGUCUGCUGCAGCGGCUGCCAUCUCUCCGAAGCUGGUGGAGUUGGAGAAGCUGCUGCUGCUGCACUUCAGGGAGGCCCAGCAGCGUGGCACAGGUGACACGAGGGCCAUCAUCUUUUCCACCUUUCGAGACAGUGUGCAGGAGGAGGAUGGGGAGGAGGGAUGGGACGCUGAGGCAGAGGAUUUAGGAGAGGGAAUUGUACAUGAGGAGCAAGAGAGGGCGGAAGAGGAAGGGGAUGAAGGGGAGGAAGGAGCAGGGGAGGAGGAGGGGGACUUGGAAGUGAGGAAGCGGUUGAUGGGCCAGUCGCAGAAGCAGCAGCAGGAAGUGCUGGAUGUGAGUGUCUCAUGGUCACAGCUUCCUCCCUUUACCAAUCUCCUUAUCCUUCUGCUGCUGUCCCGUUUUCCCAGUUUUUUCACUAGUGUCUCUCGUUUCUCUCUCUUCUCCCAUCAGGGCUUCAAAGCAGGGACGUACAAUGUGCUUGUCUCCACGACCAUUGGGGAGGAGGGGCUGUACACAAUGUGCUUUUCUGCCGUUCCCUCUUGCAUCUUCUGUUCCUCCGUAACUUCUCUCUAUCAGGGAUUCAAAGCAGGAACGUACAACGUGCUUGUCUCCACAACCAUUGGGGAGGAGGGGCUGGACAUAUCCCAGCUGCCGCAUCGCCUGCCAAAGCCCGCUGUUGCCAUCGUCAACAUCCAGCCGCCCGCCUUCAGCCCGCCUCGCUCCAAACGACGCCGUCCCUCGUCAUCCCCAGCCUCCCUCGAUCCCUCCGCCAAGAAAGCCCGGGGGAAGAGAGCAAGUGGAGUAAGAGCAGCAUCAGAAGGAUCCCCCAUUCCAGUGACCCAACUGCUGUCAGCUGAAGCAGAUGCUCUCUCCAGGUAUCCCUCCCUGCUGAAGCUUGUCCAGCCGGCUGCUAACUGGCUUGGUGGCGGUUCUGGUGGCGGGGAGGAGGUGAGAUGGAAGCCUAGCCUUACGGGGUUCCUGUCGGCGCAGACGCAGCGAAUGAGGACGUGCCAGGUGGCGCAUUCGGAUAGGUCGGAGCGGAUGCUGGUGGGGACACUGAGGAUACUGCAGGGGACGGGAAGCGAUGUGGGGUUGGGGAGGGAUGGGGGGACGGGAGGGGACGUGGUGACAGAAAGGGAUGUGGGGAUGGGAAUAGGUGCAGGCACUGGAGGGAGCGGGGGGACAGGAAUGCAUGUGGGGAACGAUACGGAUUCGUGGAAGGGAGUGAAUUUGGAAAAUUCAUUUCAUGGGAGGACGGAAUCCAGAUUGGGAGGAGCACCGUGGUGGCACACGAGAGGAGGGCUUGAGUUGAAGCAACAGGGCAGCGGAAGGAAGGCUGUUGUUGGAGCGAGAGUUGGAGGGGGUAGAGGUGGUGAGAGACACACGAGGGAGCACCAGGGAGGGGAAUGGGAGGGUAGUGAGCAGGAGAAGGGUCAUGGGGAGGGUUGUGCCCUGGACAGGGCCGUUGAGAGUGGUGGGGAUGGUGUGGUUGGUGGGUUCUGCGCUGUUGGUAGGGGUAGUGGGCAUAAUGACGAGGUGGAGGGUGGUGAGAUGGAGGAGAAUGGGUACGUGGGGUUGGAUGAGUAUGAAGAGCCAACGAUCUGGAGGUAUGUUGGCGGGGUGGAGGAGGGUGGUGAAGGCUUGGAGCCGCAGGAUAGGGCGGAGCAAGGGGAUGGGAGGGUUGGGAAUGUCAAUUGCAAGAGUGUGUGGAGGGAGAACGAUGCCUGGAUGGAUGCGGUUGUACAGAAGGAGACUUGCAUUGGGGUUGAUGUGGGCAGGGGCAUGGAAUCCGUGAGAGGAGUGGGAGUUGCGGGAGGUGGCACGGCGGCUGAAUCUGGACCGUCGGGGCAGAAGGGCAUGCUUGCAGUUGGUGGUGCAGUUGGCAGAGCACAUGGUUCAGGGGAGAAGAGGAGGGGGGAUGCGGGCCACGAGCCUAAUGGUGAGGUGCAGGGCCCAGGCUCAAAGAGCAGGGAGGCGGGCGUGUGUGCAGCAGAGCAGAAUGACACGGAAGCAGCUGGAGGAAGGAAACCCUGCGAGAUGGUGGUGAUGACACAGGAUGGUGGGGAGGAUGCGGGAAAUGGUGCUGGUCGUGGUGGUGGUGAUGGUGAUGAUGGUGCUGGUGGUCGUAAUGACUGGGAUUCGCAGAGAGAAAGCAGGGUUGGGCCUGAACCAGUGAGUGGAGGCAAAGGUGUAACAGUAACGAAGGGCGCAGAAGAGGAGACGCUCAACUCGCCUCAGCAGCGCUCAAGAACCCUCAAGAGGCUACGGAGAGGCCGGCAGGCAGGCAGCAGCAGUGAUGGGUGCAUGGUAUUUGGAGGCGGUAGUGGUGGGGGCAGUAGCGAAGCACGGGGCAGUGGUGAAGCAUGGGGAACGGAGAGGAGAGGCGGUGGUGGGAGGGACAGCCCAGGGGCCAAGGGAGGGAGGCUCAGGGAUGCUGUGGGCACGAGCAAUGGCAGUACUUAUGGUGGAAGGGGCAGGAGAGGGAGAGGCAAGGCGAUGGCUCGAAGGGUGCUGGACUUCAUUGAUGAGGAGGCUGAGGAGUCGGACCGUGAUGCCACACAGGAAAGCCAAGAGGAUGCUGACGUGGCAUGGGCGGAUGAUGACAUGGCGGAUUUCAUCCUACCCGUGGACCACUUCUCCCCACCACCACGACGCCAAAAGCACAGAGAAUCCAGACCGACCAACCACUUGCAGCCAGCAGAUCAUCUCAAGCCUACUGCACAUCCCAGCAGCAACAGAGGCACAGCCACACCCUUUGGCUGCCAUGCCCCAGCCUCAGGAACCAUCCCAGCCUCUUCAACCCACCCCUCCAGCACCUCUUCCCCACACUCCCCUAGUUCCUUUCCCCACCCCUCUCCCAGUCCCCCAUCCCCUCGCCGCUCUCUCCUGCCGCAAUUUGCCUCGUCUCCACUUGGGCUUGCCGCCCGCAACGCCAACAAGAUGCGAUUCCUGCCGCCCAGAAGAGACUCUGUGCCGCCCAGAGUGCAUGCUGCAUCAGCCCGUGCACAUUGCCUGCCACCCAGUGCGCGCUCUGCGCCACCCAGUGCGCACUCUGCGCCGCCCAGUGCGCACUCUGCGCCGCCCCGGUGGCAUCAAGGGGAUGCGAGGGAGGGGACGGUGAGCGGCAGUGGAUUAGCUGAAGGCAGGAGCGGGCAUGGCGUGCAGCAUUCCGAUCCCCAUGCACGUGACUGUACCGAGCGUGAACGUGCCUGUGAGUAUAACGAGGGUGAACGUCCAUGCGCGACCAUUGAGGAUGAACAUGGAUGUGACAAUAAUGCGGGCGAUCGAAGUCGUGACACUAACAAGCGGGAGGCUGGAUGUGAUAUCAACGAGGGAGAGCGUGCAUGUGGGAGUGAAGGGGAGGAGGAUAUAUUUGAGGGGAUAGAUCUGGAUGCUCUGGAAGCAGAGGCAUGGGCGAGCAAGAGCAGAGGCGGAGGGGGAGGAAGUGGGAGCAGUGUGGGAGGAGGCAGAAGAGAUGGAAGGAUGAGUGGGGGUACGGCUAUCUCUUCAGCAGCAGCGGGACCUUCGUCCCAAUACUCGCCAGCAACAGCAGCAACAGGAGCAGCUACGCGCCAAGCAUUCCCAGCCACCCCCCCACACACAGCUGCCUCUGUUCCAACACCAGCAUCACCCACCAUCCCUCCCCAAUCUGCCCUCUCUGCACAACCCCGUGCAACGCUCCCUGACGCGUCUCACAACGCAUCUCAUGCGUUCCCUGGCGCAUGUCACCCAACUUCCCCUGCAAUUACCCCUCGCGCAGUUGCUGCCUCAGCAGCGCAUGCAGCUCAACUCAAGGACGGCUUGGCUGUGGCGGGUACACCUGUUGCUCACGACAAACCUGUUUGUGAGGAGCAGUGUGUCGGUGGGGAUGAGGUGUUUGGGGACAUUGAUCUCGAUGCAUUGGAGGCAGAGGCAUUGCAGAAGAGCCAGCACAAGAAGCAGCGGGCGGUGGCGACUUUUGAGGCGCGUCAGAGUGAGGUGUUUGGGGGCAUUGAUCUUGACGCGUUGGAGGCAGAGGCAUUGGAACAGAGCCAGCGCAAGCGGUGGGGGGCGGCGCCGGCAAGUGAGGGGACGGUGAAGGGGAGGGUGGUGGUGGUGGAACGGGGUGUUGGGGCAGGAGUGGAAGGAAGCUUGUCGUUGUCACCGCAGUGGUGUGCUUGUGUCGCGGUUGCUGCAGUUUCCUCGGCUGUACACGUGGAAGGCAGAUCGCGAAUGGCGGAAUUGACUGGACGGAACGACGCUGAAACGUCAGGGGGUUCUAACGGCGGAGAAGAGGGCGCAAUAAAUUCUCAGACGUGUCGAAUUGCGUCAGGUGGUGAUAGUAGGGGGGCAGCAGAGGCUGUAACGAGGUUUGCAGAAAAUUCGGACGCUCCAGGAGGCAGUAAGGGGGAAGACGUGGCGGUAACGAGUUCAGCGCCAAGGGGCAGUGGGGGAGAGGCGGAGGGGGGACAAUGGAAGGAGAAAGCGCUUAAUCUUGAAAAGGCGGUGGGGAUGCUGCAAGCGCGGGUGGCGGAGCUUGAGAGGGCUUUGGAGAAAGAGCGGACGGAGCGCGCGGCGGAGCGGAGAGGGCGGAUCCGCGCGGAGCAGCAGCUGCGCACCCGCCUGCUCGCCCCCGCCGCCGCUGGGCCCUCGUCGUCGACUGUGCGCGCACACGGCGCGCUCGCCGCUGAAUCGCCGCAAGAAGGAGACGCGCAUGGCGACGGGCCUGGCGACGCGCAUGGCGACAGCAAUGGCGUUACAGACAGCGACGCUAGAGACCAGUCAGACGGCUGUGACGUGGCGGUGACUCAGCACGGGCGUCAAUCCUCACAGGAACAGCGCGGGCAGGAAAACGGGCAGGAGCACGGGCAGGAAAACGGGCCUGAACACGGGCAGGAACGCGGGAGUGUUGGGCUCAGCACUUACCCCAUGACUCCCAUUGGCGUUAUCCGCUCCUGCUUCUCUACCAGGAAUGGCACGCCACGUCAGCCACUGCUGGUGCCAGCAGCGCGGGCCUAUCUGGAGCUGCCACGUGGCGGGGUGGCGCCAGCAGCGCUGCAGGGAUUGGAGGGGUACUCGCACUGCUGGCUGCUCUACGUGUUUCACGCCAACACGGACAUUCAGAGGCUCUGGUCCGACCCCCACCACCGCAAGUUCCGUGCCAAGGUCCGGGUGCCGAGGCUGCAAGGGGGAAAGCUGGGAGCGCUGGCAACGCGCACGCCGCACCGUCCUGUGCCCAUCGGGCUGAGCAUCGCCAAGGUGGAGCGCGUGGAGGGGCGGCGGGUGCUUCUAUCUGGAGCGGACUUGGUGGAUGGCUCUCCUGUGUUGGAUAUCAAGCCGUAUCUGCCCUACUCAGACGCAUUGCCGUCUGCCACUGUGCCACAAUGGGUGGAGCCAUCAGGAGAGGGCGAUGGCAUGCACAUGGCGUCAGUCUCCUUCCAUCCCGCCGUCUCCACACAGCUUCAACAUGCAUGGUCCUCCCAGAGCCACCGCUCGUUAUACUCACACCCUGACGACCUGCAAGAGCUUUGCCGGCAGCCUUGCUUUGCGCAAUCCGUCUCCGUCUCCGUCUCCGUCAGGUGCUGCGACCAAUCCAAAGCCAUGCUGUCCGUCAGCAACGCUGCAGCCGUCGCUGCUAAUACCUUCUCCAACGGUGCUGCAAGAAUUGCCGUCUCUCGUCGGGGACUUGAACCCGCGUUGACUGGACGAUCCACCACCAAGAGCGCGAGUCUGACAGGUAAACGCGGCGCAUCACCGGCCGUAACGGUGUUCUGCUCCGCGAACCCCCACACCGGCGCGUCCACGUCAGCACCGUCCGCGUCAGCUCCGUCCACGUCAGCAUCAGCCAUGACAUCUGACAGCGGAGAAGCGGCUUCGUUCCGGCAAAUGAGUCCGGAGGAGCAUUGGUGGUGGGGUACCCCUGACUACCUGAUGGGUAACUGGCACGGCCAGUGGCGAUCGUGGAAGCCGAUGCAAUCAACGGACGAGAUCAGAUCCAUGAAAUCCGUGCGGAAAUUGUGGGCCACGUCACCCGAUCUCAGCAGCUUUGCCCACAUGAACGACUGGUACGACCACCAGGGCGAAGUUUCCAAGCAACCGCCCAGGCAGGGCGUCCAGUGGGACAUGUCCCUGGCAGAGCACAGCCUGCCAGACGGAUUCUGCCACGUGGCAAACAGCAAUGCGCGCCGCUACGUCGUGAGCCGCCAGGCGGACGCAAUCUGGGCGCCUCUGGAGAUUGCUGAUGGGGAAGGCGGCAUCAAGCUGCCUUUCCUGGUCGAAUUCUUCUUCUCCCGCACCCCCACAGCUCGUCUCGGCAGCAUGGUCGGGUUUGAACAAGACGGAGCGUUUCGCACCUCUGUGGUGGUUGAGGAGUCGCUAGACACCAACGAGCGCCGCCCCUCCGACUGGGUCUGGCCCACGUGGGGCCCGGGCGGCGUCCCGUCCCUUCUGCCCGACCAACUGCCGCCCGUUCCGGCACUAGAUGACAAGACAAUGGUAGCACUUAACACGUCAGCACCGUCCACGUCAGCAUCAUCCAUGGCAUCUGACGGCGGAGAAGCGGCGCCGUUCCGGCAGAUGAGUACGGAGGAGCACUGGUGGUGGGGCACGCCGGAGCGCCUUAUGACCAACUGGCACGGCCAAUGGCGAUGCUGGAAGCCGCUCGAAUCAACGGACGCGAUCCGAUCCUUUAAAUCCGUGCGAAAAUUCUGGGCCACGUCACCCGAUCGCAGCAGUUUCGCUCACAUGAACGACUUUUACGACGAGCAGGGCGAGGUGCCCAAGUUUCGGCCUCCGGUCGGCGUGCAAUGGGACAUGUCACUGACAGAGCACAGCCUGCCGGACGGAUUCUGCCACGUGGCAGUCGGCACAGCGCGCCGCCACUCCGUCAGCAGGGAGGGGGACGGGAUAUGGGGGCCUCUGGAGGUGGGGGAUGGCGCGGGGGGCAUCAAGCCUUUUGUGGAGGAGUUUUUUUUCUCCCACACCCCCACGUCUCGUUUCGGCUGCAUGAUCGGAUACGAUCCCGAAGGAGCACUGCGCGCCUACGUGGCGGCCGAGGACUCGCUAGACACUAACGAGCGCCGCCCCUCCGACUGGGUCUGGCCCACGUGGGGCCCGGGCGGCGUCCCGUCCCAGCUUCCCGACCACCUGCCGUCCGUUCCGGCACUAGAUGACAAGACAAUGGUGGGAACUCGCACUAUCCUGACCCGGAAUCUUAUGGUUCAGGAGCGGGAGAACGUGUCCUGGGCAGAGGAAUGGGGCCCAAACAGUGCUGCCGCUGCUGCUGCCGUUGCAGCAGCUGCAGCAACCGCUACUGCUGCUUCAGCUGAAAAAUCUGCUGCAGCGGAUGCCGCAGCAGCAGCAGCAGCAGCUGCUGCUGCUGGGUUCGUGGGCCGAGUGCCUGAGGGAGACGAGGACCGGUAUGCGGCGUUUGCUCUGCCGCACGGGGUGGUGGUGUGCGCCCCUCGCUCCCUGCAGCUGGUGGCAGGCAGGCCGUUUGUGCUGUCGGUGUCGUGGGUGGUGGGGGAGGGUGAGGUGAAGCGCAUCACUGCAUCGUGGGGAAGUACUGGCAGCUUUGAGAAAGUGGAGGGCGAGUGGUACAAGCGACAGGCGUGA